AUGGUUCUCCUCGUCACCUCUGAUAAUGAGCAGUUCGUUGUCGACAAGGAGGUCGCUGAGCGCAGCGUCCUCAUCAAGAACAUGCUCGAGGACGUCGGUGAGAGCGACCAGCCCAUCCCGCUCCCUAACGUCUCCUCCAGCGUCCUGAAGAAGGUGCUCGAGUACUGCGAGCACCACCGGGGCGAGCCCCUCCCCGCUGCGGACGCUGAGCAGAGCCAGGAUGAGACGCGCAAGCGCACGACCGACAUCAGCGAGUGGGACCAGAAGUUCAUUACGGUCGACCAGGAGAUGCUCUUCGAGAUCAUCCUCGCCGCGAACUACCUGGAUAUCAAGCCCCUCCUCGAUGUCGGCUGCAAGACGGUCGCGAACAUGAUUAAGGGCAAGACUCCUGAGGAGAUCCGGAAGCUCUUCAACAUCGUAAACGACUUCACGCCUGAGGAGGAGGCUCAAAUCAAGAAGGAAAACGAAUGGGCGGAGGACCGGUAA